AGUUCAUAGCGUUCCCUGAGGUCACUGAUGAGCGUGUUAUCCCCGCUGUUGCUAAGGUCCUCAAGGAGAAGAUCGCCCAACCCGUGCUGGUUGGUGAUCGCGAGGCGGCUUACAAGUGCGCGAAGGCUAACAACGUGUCUCUUGAAGGUGUGAGGAUCAUUGACCCUUCCCUUCACCCUGAAGUCGUCGAGCAGACAGCAACUGUCUUGUUCCAGAAGCGUCAGAAGAAGGGUAUGACUCUCGAUGCUGCUCUUGAUACUGUGAAGAACUCCCCUCUCAUGAUGGCCGACUUGAUGUUGACCACUGGUCACGUUCAAGGAUGUGUCGCCGGAGCCUCUCAUACCUCUGCUGAUGUGGCCAGAGCCGCCUUGCAGACUGUUGGUGUUAAAAAGGGUUUGAAAACUGCUUCUUCGUUCUUCAUCAUCGCCAAGGAUGACAAGACUUUCCUCUUCUCUGACUGCGGUUUCUGCAUCGCCCCUUCCAUCUCGCAGCUCGCCGAGAUCGCCAUUACGACCGCCCAGACCUGCGAGGAUGUCUUAGCCACCACUCCCCGUGUCGCCAUGCUCAGCUUCUCCACGUUUGGCAGUGCCAAGCACGAGUAUGUGACCAGAGUUGAGGAGGCUCUCGCUCUUGCUCGCAAGGAGAAGCCUGACCUCGCCAUCGACGUGAGAUGCACGUCGACGCUGCCAUCGUAA